AUGUCUAGAUUGAGAAGGUUCAACAGAAAAAUCUUAAGCUUCAGUUCUGAUUACACUCAUGAUGGUGAAUCUGACGAGGAUGAUGUGCCCAUAUUACCACUAGAUACGGAAGAACAGGAAGAACUCAUACAAAAGUUUGAGGUCAAUGCUCACGUCACGAAUAAGCUCUACAUAAAUAUUCUAAGUGUACUAUAUCUACUAUAUGGGGGAUUGCUAAUGAUAUUCGUAAGAAAAUCGCGGGGACAUCUUAAAUUAGCAUUGCUUGCUGGCGCUAAUUCCUUGAUCUGUUCAUGCAUCACGCUUAGAUAUGACAUCAUAAACGAUUACCUUUUAUUUAAAAAGUUCAAGUUAAGAGUGAGCAAUUUUUCUAUUAAUAUACUGAACAUUAUUUUACUGGUUUUUAUGGGCUGGAUAAGUUUCAAUCAUGUGAUGGAGGAUAAAAUAACAAUGUUUUGUUUGCAAGUUCCUAUGCUCUUAUUCUGGUUAGCUAUGGUGGUGAAGAGAUGGGCUCGAAAUAUGGAAGAUGAAAUUGCAAAUCUAAGACGUUUAAAGUACAAAUACAAAAACGCUUAG